AUGAAGGAAUCACUUCUUUUGCUAGAUCCGCGAGCAGAUGCUUUGCUCAUUCUGCAGAAGCCGAACUUGCAUCUACUUCGCGCACCAAUAGAUGAGGUUGUAUCAGUGAUAAGGACGGCCGACGAAGCCAACAGUCCCAUACCGCUUGAAAUACAGCAGGGUGACACUACGGAGCCACCGAAGACGAACGAUGACUUGAGAUCGCUGCAGCCAUACCAAGAGAAUGGCGACCCGAACCAGAUUGUUUUUCGAGUAUCUGCAAAACAUCUCUGCCUUGCGUCACCAGUCUUUCGAAAGGCGUUCCAAGGCAACUUCAAAGAAUUGAAACAAAACGAGCAAGGACUCUUGGAGAUUACAACGUCAGAAUGGAAUGCCGAAACUCUCCUCAUACUUCUUGAUAUCAUUCAUGGGCAUCACUACUGCGUCCCGAAACAGCCGGGUCUGGCGAUUAUAGCACAGAUCGGAACUAUAGUCGAUUACUAUGACUGUCUCGAGGCUGUCAAGAUAGUGUUCAGUUACUGGCACGCAUCUAUAGGCAACGGGAAGACAUACCGAAGUUUGCCGUCUCCUGAAGAUGAUAUCAUGCACAAAGGGUUGUUUGGUGACGGGGAAACUACCAUACUGUUCAUGGCCUGGAUGGCUCAGGACCAGGAAUGUUUCAAGGGAUUGACGAGAUCCGCAGUACUGACCACAAAUGGGCUCGUCGAGACUCAUCUACCUAUGCCGGCUCAAAUUCUUGAGAAAAUCAACAAUAAGCGUUGCGAAAUCAUAGAUCAGAUGAUAUCCCAGAUGUACAGCUUGAUAGACGAUCUUAUCGAGGGACGCGUUGGAUGCAGUGAAGAAUGCUCUUGCAGACUUCUGGGCUUCCUCAUGAAACAAAUGAAUCAGCAGAGCCUCCCAACCGAGAAACCAAAAAGACCGUUUUGGGGGUAUAGUGUUGUCUAUAUUAGGAGGAUAAUUGGUCGUGUCCAAACUCGUCGCUGUAACACCUCUGGAUGUACGCUCCAGGCUCGAUUGGGCCUGUAUCAGAAGAAGAAUGAGCUAGGCACUGCAGUGCCAGGUCUGGACCAAGAAGACUUUCAGUAA